UUGAGCGACGUCGUGAUUGGUCCGCCUGGCUGUCAAUCACCCGCGAUGGGGCGGAACCUUCGGGCCGCGGUUACUGACGGGAAAUCAGCAGCGUUCGUCAAGAUCUGGACGACAGAACCGAGAAAUGGACUUAAAAGCAGCAUAAUGUCGGAUUCGUGAGGCUCUGGAGUUCGUGAAACAGCGAUCGAGUGUGUUUAAUGAGGAGGAGCUCGAUGUUACAGGAAGCGGGGGAGGGCAGCGCUAUUUUUAUCGUUAACGUUAUAUAUGAUUUGGACUCGGUAUGAGCUAAAGUAGCGUUACCGUCGCAGUCUGUGGAGCUGUCGUUCAGUGCGAGGAAGUUAGCGGACGGAGCCGCGGGGCAACCCUAUGCCAUGGAUUUAAAAACUGCUGUUUUCAACGCCGCCCGAGACGGCAAACUGAGGCUCCUCCAGAAACUCUUAGAGAACAAGAGCGAUCACGACGUGAUGAAACUGAUGGCGGAGAAGACCAACGGAGCGACGCCGCUGCUCAUGGCCGCGCGGUACGGGCACCUGGAGCUGGUGGAGUACCUGAUCGAGUGCUGCUGCGCAUCUGUGGAGGUCGGAGGCUCGGUGAACUUCGACGGGGAGAUCAUCGAGGGAGCGCCGCCGCUGUGGGCCGCCUCGGCCGCCGGACAUCUGAAAGUCGUGCAGUCUCUGCUGGGUCACGGUGCGUCUGUGAACAAUACGACUCUUACGAACUCCACCCCGCUGAGAGCCGCGUGCUUCGACGGACACUUGGAUAUUGUCAGAUACCUGGUGGAGCACAAAGCGGAUCUGGAAGUGGCCAACAGGCACGGACACACCUGCCUCAUGAUAUCAUGUUAUAAAGGCCACAAGGAGAUCGCGCAGUACCUGCUGGAGAAAGGAGCCGAUGUCAACCGGAAAAGCGUGAAAGGUAACACGGCUUUACACGACUGCGCUGAGUCCGGGAGCUUGGAGAUCAUGAAGAUGCUCCUGAAGUACGGCUCCACCAUGGAGAAGGACGGCUACGGGAUGACGCCGCUGCUCUCCGCCAGUGUGACGGGCCACACCAACAUCGUGGAUUUCCUCACGCAGCACCCUCAGACGGGCAGAACGGAGCGCAUCAACGCUCUGGAGCUGCUGGGGGCCACGUUUGUGGAUAAAAAGAGAGACCUGCUGGGAGCGCUGAAGUACUGGAAGAGAGCCAUGGAUCUGCGGCACAGCGACCCCAACCACGUGCUCCUGAAGGACGAGCCCAAGCAGCUGGUGCCGGCCUACGACUACAGCAAGGAGGUGAACACGUUUGAGGAGCUGGAUGGCCUGAUCGCAGACCCCGACGACAUGCGCAUGCAUGCGCUGCUGAUCCGAGAGCGCAUCCUCGGCCCGUCGCACCCGGACACAUCCUACUACAUCCGCUACCGCGGGGCCGUCUACGCCGACUCGGGCAACUUCGAGCGCUGCAUCAAGCUGUGGAAGUAUGCUCUGGACAUGCAGCAGAGCAACCUGGACGCGCUCAGCCCCAUGACGGCCAGCAGCCUGCUGUCCUUCGCCGAGCUCUUCUCCUUCAUGCUGCAGGACCGAGCCAAGGGUCUUCUGGGCACCUCCGUGUCCUUCCAGCAGCUGAUGGAGAUCCUCAGCAAGAGCGUGCUGGAGAUCGAGCGCGCCGUCAAGCAGCAGCGGCCCGGCCCGGAUCCAGCGCAGCUCAGCAAGGUGUUUUAUUCUCUUGUUUUCUUGUGCCCGGUUGCAUGAAAGUCCUUAAAUGUU